AUGACCCCCGAAUCCGUGACGUUUUGUGUACAGGUGCAAAUUCGGGUGACCUCCAAACUCGUGACGUUUUACGUACAGGUGAGAAACCAGGAAGAGAACGUACCCCAACUCGAAGCACUUGCCACGCCUUUGUCAGGUAGGCCUAGCACCAUGUCCAACUCCUAUAAAUACCCCGAUGGAAGCUCCUACUCAGGCAAUUGGAACGAGAACGGUCAACGCCAUGGUUACGGAUAUAUGAAGUUUGCUGAUGGGUCACAGUUUUGGGGGAUGUUUGACAAUGGCUUGUGUUCAGGACCUGGAGUCAUGAGGUUCACAGAUGGUUCCAGGUAUGAGGGGGACUUCAGGCAGGGCAAGUUCCACGGCUACGGGGUCUUUAACCGCUGUGACAACAUGAGGUUCGAGGGCGAGUACAAGGAUGGAAAAAUCUGGGGCAUGGGUCUGAUAACAUUCUCGGACAAGUCGCACGGAAUGCCACGCAACGAGGGAUACUUUGAGGGGAACAAACUCUUACGUCGGGAAAAAUGUCCUGGAAUCAUUCAGCGUGCAAAAGAUGCUUCAAAUAAGGCAAAGUCUUACGUUUCCUGAACAAUUGGUGUUCUUGAAUCGUGAAUGUCAGAACCCGGAACGCGUGCCUUAUGAAUUAUGGAGGGAGUAUCUUGCAUGUCUAGCAUGUCUGAUCGAGCCUACCAUGGAAGGGAGUACCUAGAGAAGUUAAUCAAACAUGACAACCCAUCACUACCACCUACUUACAUCAGAUGUUGAUUCCACUGUAGAAUUUUCUGUACUUUGCAUAAUAUAUUUUAAUGUUAAAGAAGUGAUUGGUAUUUUGUUAUAGUGUGUGUGGGUGUGGGUGGUGGUGGUGGUGGGGUGGUGGGGUUGUUCUCGGGACUGUAUCAUAUUUUGCUGACACCCCUUAACAUCUGUAACCCCCCCCCCCCAAUACAUGCAACAUGUAUUCAUUCAACCCCCUUAUAAUAAACGACGAGACCCUAAGUAUGGUUCACAUUUUUUUCAUUUUAUUCAUGUCUCUUCCCCCCCCCCCCCAUUGUUAUAACUUCCCACUUCCCUCCCCUGCCCCUCCUCUUCCCAUCCCCACCCCCACCCACUUUUGCUGUGUAAUGUUUUCAUGGCACACACACACACUCUCCACCCCUAAUAUAUGCCCAGUCCAUUAUGUCAGGGAAGUUGGGUGUUGUCAGUAUGUAGCAUAAUAGUAAACAACAUGUAUGUUUAACUGCAGGGUUCUUUGACUAAGAAAUAUACUGGUCAGCUUGGCAUACUGACAUCUUAAUACUAUUUCCAUAAUCCUAUACACUGAAACUUUGUUAAUCUGGAAACCUUUCAGACUAAUACUGUCGGGCAACUCUACACAAACACAAAGAGACAUUAUUAUGUACCUCUAUUUUGUUUAUGUGGAGAUUUGUUAAUCCUGAUGGCUUCUCUGAAUAUGUUACCCUCUGAAUUAACUGUCACUGUACACAAAUAAUUAAUGGGUGAUUUAUUGGGUAAUAGAAUAUCCCCAUCUUAACUGGAGCGUAUUUGUUGAUGAUGAGAGUGAAUGUCCUACAUCAUCAGCUUCUAUCUCUUCAUCCCUGUUGGCGGCAGGGUGGCAGAAGUUCUGCGCUGGAGAUCAGGUCAAAUUCUGUAGCUGCUAGCACUAUUUGUAAACUUUUGGACAAGGUCUGUGAGCAUGGCAAAAAAAUAACAUUCAUAAUAAUCAAAACAAAUAUGAAAUUAUUUGAAUACUCGGAUGAGAUUAUAUAAUAUAUAUAUAUAUAUUACUUCCAUGAAACAUUUCCUGUUGUCAAUGUUGAGUUAAUUCUGUGUAUUCCCAGCCACUGUGAUUGUUAAACAAUGUAUUUGUUAGUGUUCUGUACUGUUGAGGUAUAUACAGUGUUGAUGUAUUCUCAUGUUACACAUGUUAACUGACUGUGUCAGCCUCAAGGGUGUAUAUCACACAUAACUACCAGCCGUAGUGCUUCUUCAUUUCUUGACCUUUACACUGAUUUUUCCCUAUAGCCGCUGUAAACAAUUUUAUUUUUACAGUAUAUCAGUAACCAUGGUAACAGUAUUGUCCUCAACUUGUCACCUGUAUUAGUUCUAGAUCUGCUCCUGUUUCUUUUUAUGUUCCCUUAACCCUUUUUCAUUUAUAGUAGUCCUUAACAAACUGACAUGGCUUCUGUUCCGACUUUAAAUGAUUAUUAACACUUUUAUUUUUCAAUUUCAAUGCCAGUCCUGCUUGUUUUUAUUCAUUCGCCUUCCAAGUGUCUUCUAUGCAACAUGCAGUUCCCAGGCCAGAUUUAAAAUAAUAAUAAUUUGUUUAGAUAUUUUCCUCAAACAUCUAGGUUGAUAGUUCAAUUAUUAUUUUUCUAUUCCAAUUCCAAAUAGAUCUACAUCUUUUUUAUUUCCAAAAUAUUUAUCCUAAUUCAUUGUUUUGAAGAUAAAUUUUCAAUAUAAAGAUAGCGAAAGUAAAUUAGUUGUUUUAAAAAAAUAUAAAAAUUUCUGAACCUAACUGCAUUUAAUUUUAUUUAAUUUAAUUUAAAUAUUUUUAAGUUGGUUUGUAAACCAAAUUUUUUGAGUGUAAAUCUGGCCUUACUGCUCCACAAACACUGUGCUGUGCCUUAAUGCUCUGUGGUGUGCUGGAGUAGAGAGCCUAGACAAUCACUGUCUAGCACUUGUAUUUCUGAAUGUCUGUAUACGAUGGCUGUGGAUCGAGGAAGCCCGACAUGUGAUAUAAUAACAAACAUGGCUUGCCAGUUGGUGCAACAGUAACACAAGCAUCAAUCAGGGAAAUAAAAGAGAUGUAUUAUUUUUUACUAAUUAAACCUCGUUGUGAUUAUCUAUCAUUGUUGAUUGUUAAUCAUGUCCAAUAAAGAUCUGUGUUUUGUA